GUAACAUCGAUAUAAGACGGUAGAUUACUACGUGAAUCAAAAACAUAAAUAAAGGUUAGCAGUAGUCAAUAAAGAGACGUAUUUAGUCGUUUAAAAUGCUUGAUAAUUUAUUAAACGAAUGAAAUAAGAUUACUCAAUAUUACAACUAUGCAAUCAUAUUGUUUAAUAGUGUGCAAGCAGUUUUAACAAUUGUGUGUUUACAAUUCUAACCUAAAAUGGGUCGAAGUCAUACACCAUCACCAGGAAGACGACGUGAUCGUUCCAGGGAACGUGAUCGUGAAAGAGAUCGUCGAAGACGACGAUCACGUGAAAGACGUCGGAGAUCUGCAGAACGUGAUAGAGUAAAAUCAAGAGAUAGAGAAAGAGAACGAGAUCGUGAUAGGGAAAGACAUAAACGAUCAUACAGUAGAUCUAGAUCUAGGGAACGAGACAGACCUAAACCCAGAGCCAAAAUAUCUACAGCAGAACGUCCUGUUAUAACAGAGGCAGAUCUUCAAGGAAAAACACCAGAAGAACAAGAAAUGAUGAGAAUGAUGGGUUUUUGUGGCUUCGAUACUACCAAAGGUAAAAAGGUUGAAGGAAAUGAUGUAGGUGCAGUACAUGUUAUUCUAAAAAGAAAGUAUAGACAGUAUAUGAAUAGAAAAGGAGGCUUCAAUAGACCACUUGAUUUUGUAGCAUAAAUAUUUCAACAUUUGAAAAUACCAAUUAGUGAAAUUUUUUUAAAUCAAUUUCAUAA